AUGAUGGCUUGUGAAAAGAGCAAGAUACUCAUAAUCGGAGCCACAGGUUACCUUGGCAAAUACAUGUUGAAGGCAAGCGUCUCUUUGGGACAUCCAACCUAUGCCUAUGUGCGACCAAUCAAACCCAAAACCGAUUCUUCCAAGCUUCUUCUGCACAAAGAAUUUGAAGCCAUGGGAGCUACCAUCGUCCAAGGUGAACUGGAUGAUCAUGAAAAGCUAGUCAAAGCGGUCGAGCAAGUUGACGUUGUAAUAUCCACGGUGGCUGUCCCUCAACAUCUUGAACAGCUGAAACUAAUCAAAGCCAUUAAAGAUGCUGGAAAUAUAAAGAGAUUUAUUCCGUCAGAAUUUGGAAAUGAAGUUGACAGAGUAAGUGGGCUGCCGCCUUUCGAGGCUUUACUUGAUAACAAAAGGAAGAUCAGAAGGGCGAUCGAAGCAGCAGGAAUUCCAUAUACUUAUGUGUCUGCAAACUCAUUUGGUGCAUAUUUUGUUGAUUAUUUGCUUCAUCCUCGUGAAAAAACAAACCACCAAGUCACUGUUUAUGGCACAGGUGAAGCCAAAGGUGAGUUGAGUUUGCUCAUAAUUUUGUUUUUUUUAAUAUUUCAUACAGCAAGACAUAUUGGUUUCGAAUCUCGUAUAGUUAAAAUUAAAUAA